UUGAUUUUUCACUUGUGGAAGACGCAGAGAAUCGCGAGAAAUAUUCCAAAAUGCAAAAAGUUUCUCGAGUGCAUUGAAGAAAUGCCCAACGAUGUCUUUUAUAGCCAUUUCAGGAUGCAAAUACAAACAUUCCAGACUCUUUGCGAAAUAGUACAACCCUUUUGGCCGGCAAAAAAUGCAGGACGUCCCAAUAUACCAUUGAAGCUAGCAUUGCAUAUUACGCUUUGGAGAUUAGGAAAUCAAAAUAGUUUCCGUGAAUUAAGUAAUAUAUUUAACGUUGGUAUUGGUGCUACUUAUCGGGUAUUUUUCAAAACGAUUAAAAUCUUAUUAAAACUAAAAAGUCGUAUCAUAAAAUUUCCCUUGACCGCAUCAGAGCGUCGGAUUGUUAUGGAAAAAUUUCAGGCAAUGCGCAGCAACCCAUUUCCGUUUGUCCUAGGAUGCGUAGAUGGGACACACAUCAAAAUCACCCAACCAACGCAAAGCAGCAUCAGUUUUUAUAAUAGAAAAGGCACAUUUUCAGUAAUAGCGCAAGCUGUUGUGGAUAGCGAAUUGCGUUUUAUCGACGUUUUUGCUGGAUAUCCUGGGAGGUGUCACGACGCUUCCGUGUGGCAAAGCAGCCCUUUACGUCAAGCAAUAAUAAACGGAGAUAUUCCCUUUCCUCCUGAGUGCCAUUUGCUGGGAGAUGCAGCUUAUCCACUGGAGAGAUUUCUUAUGGUACCAUAUAAAGAUACCGGCUUUUUAAGUGAGGGACAACAAAGAUUUAAUACUAUUUUAAGUAGUACAAGAGUCUGCGUGGAACAAGCGUUUGGAAUUUUAAAGAAAAAGUUCCGUAUACUGAAUUUCAUUGAAAUUCGCAACAUCAAGCUUGUAAAAAAUAUUAUAAUUUCAUGUAUGAUACUCCAUAACAUCAUUAUAAAUAACGAAAGUUUUACCACUUCGGAUCUUCCUGAUAUAUUAGAAGAUACAAGUACGGAAUCCCGAGCAGACAUCGAAGAUUUGGAAGGUAGAUCAAAACGAGAUCAAUUAACCAAUUUAUUAUCAGCUUAA